AUGUGCUGGGCUAACCUUGUCAUUGUCCUCCCCCAAAGCAUCCUUGUCCUCCUCAAAACCCUCAUCCCCAGUCAUGGUGUGGUCGACGAUGAAGGUACUGGGACCAGCAACCAGCUGUCCAGGCCUCGAGGAUUGGGAGAUGUGAGGAAGGCGAGUGUCGCAAGGGAGGGGAUUACCAUAAGGCUCCGCCUCUCACUUUUGACUGUCUCAUUGCUCCCGGCAGUCGACAUAACCCUGGUCCACAUCAUUCCCCAGUACCUCCUGUCUGGUUGGGGAUGGUCCCUCAGCCACCACAACUAUGUUCCUGCUGUCAUCAACUUCAUAAUGAUAACCCACAGGGGUGUCCAGGGCGACCUCAUGUUUGCAUCGAAGGUUGCAGACCAGGAAAAGGUUGGUACUUUGUCACUCGAUGUUUUUCAUUUUGCAUGUGGUGGACAUGAAGUUUGGUCUGGUAUGAGCAGGUGGGGGACAGGUCCUGAAUGA